AUGGGGUAUCCCUUACCGGAAGGGUUCAGUGAUUUUGACAUGUCUUUCUUCGGCAUCCUUCUGUUUGCUGAGGGUCUCCUGGGACUCUUUCUGAACUCUGUUUCAGCGCUGUCUUUUAUACUAGUUAAAGGCCAACGAGAUCCCAGCAACUUCCUGGUCUUCAACUUGAAUAUUGCUGAUAUUUUGCUCAAUAUCAAUGCUCUGGUUGCUGCCUAUGCCACCUACACAAGGGUCUGGCCCUUUGGUGCACAUGGAUGCAACAUGCAUGGAUUCGAGGGAUUAACUGCAGUUUAUGCAUCAAUUGCCUUCAUUGCACUUGUUUCCUGGGACAAGUACCACUACUGGUGCACUCAACAGGAAUUGUACUGGGCCACCUCUGGGACCAUGUGCGUGUGUGUGUGGGUGGCAGCCAUCUUCUGGGCAGCUCUUCCUCUACCCUCUUUCGGCUGGGGCGAGUUUGGCUUUGAGCCGAUGAAGAACGCAUGCUGUUUAGACUACACCAAAAAUGACUGGGCAUACAUCUCUUACUUGCUGACAGUCACAGCCUUCUACCUCCUAAUUCCAAUGCUAAUCAUGCACAGCUCAUAUGAUUCCAUCUACGCAUACUUCAAGAAGACCCACAAGUACAAGUUCAACACCGUCAUCCCAGAGGCCUGUCUCCUCCUGACCUGGGGACCAUACGUCUUCCUGUGCUUGUAUGCCUGUUUCUAUAAUCCCAAAGACUUUACACCAAAGUUGAGAAUGAUGCUGCCGGUGUUGGCAAAGACCUCUCCACUAUUCAACGCUGUUCUUUACUCUUUCACCAACGCGGCCUACAAAGGUGGAAUCUGGACGAUGAUCACAGGAGAGAAGAGCACUGCAAAGAAAACUAAUUAA